GAGGGGCGGCGCAUCCCGGCGGGAGCGGGGGGCGCUGAGAUGGCGGCGGCUGCCGGCGCUGGUGACCGGGCUGGAGCCGAGCUGCCGGACGCCUGCCCCGGCGCGGACAGCGGGAAUGUGUCCCAGAGCCAAAGCAGAGCUUCCGGCCUCGGGGAGGCGGAGGACGAGGACUCCUCGGAGGCGUCGCUCAGCGCCACCGCCGCCGCCUACUCGGCGUACCUGCUCGCCGACCGCAGCCUCUUCAGCGAGCAGAUAGAAAGCUUAGAUAAAAGCCUAGAAGACCUACUGACCAGGGUGGAUGAAUUCGUGGGAAUGCUGGACAUGAUUCGAAGUGAUUCCUCUCAUGUUGUCAAUGAAAGUAUACCUCAAAUUCACACAAAAGCUACAGAAAUGAGGCAGAUAUAUAGGAAGAUUGACAAACUAGAGGCUUUUGUGAAAAUGAUUGGGAAUAGCGUAGCUGGACUGGAAGAACGGGUCAUAAAGGCAGAAACAGACCUUGGAGCUUUUCCAAGCACGUUCAAGAAAAUCUUGCACACAAUCAGCAUGCCAUCCUUCCUUAAUAAAUCGUCUUCCUCACGACAGCAGCAGACCCUCUAUGAACCUCCAGUCCUCUUCAAGACAGAAGACUAUUUUCCAUGUCUAAAUGAAGCACCUUAUUGAUGGUUUUUGCUUUGGGAUUGAUAUGAAUCAGCCAGAAUAGAGAGAGCCAAGUGAACAAAAAGAAUGCCAACCUCAGAACAGCUGCAUUUUCUAAGCACUAUUGAUGGCAUAUUGCCAUUCUGAUUGUCAUUGUCUUCCUUCAGGCAAUAUUUUCAGGUAAUCUUUGUUUGUGCACAUUAUUACAAAAGCCUUCCUAAAACACCAUGUAAGUUUUCAGAUUAUUUUGGGGAAGGAAUUUAAGAAUAUUUUUGCAUUACAUUUCUUUUUAAUAUGGAAAUAAUAGGAAACAUACUAUUGUAUAUAAGUUUUUUAACACGUAAAUAUCUGUGCUGCUGCACAUGUAAAUAGCUCUGUCACAAGGAUGGGGGUUUAUUUGUCUUUUUUCAUGAUGUGUUGAUUGAGGUGAAAGAAAAACUAUGCAUAACGUUUCACAGCUAUUCCAAGGUUUUAAGCCUGACCCCUGCAGUUUGUACAGAGAAAUGCACCACAUUUGGGAUGUACUUGUUGCAGGGGCAGGACUUGGAAGGUCAUCCAGGAAUCAAGGACAUGGCUCAAUCCAUGAGAUUUAGUCCCAGUUCACAAAGCAAACAUCCUGCCCCACUGAUGAUCCUCAGGUCACAGUGACCCAAGCUUUUAAUUAUUGCAUCAUUGUAUUGUUUGAUGUGUAACCAGGUGGGCAUGAAAUAGAUUUAUAUAUAGUGAGAGAGAGACAUAGAUGUAUAAAACCUUCUGUCAAAAAGAACAAGUAUCUAAGUUGAGGGAGGAAUGACCCUGGACUGAACCUUGAUCAGGUACCUGACCAGAUUGCUUUUCCUUUACAACCCUCUGUGGAUACUGAGGCUUCCCAUGCUGAUUGCAAUUUAUAUUCUCAAUAAACUAAUAGCUGGCUAACCCCUGUUGUUGUCUUGCAUUUUACUGGACAGUAGGUACCCACCUAGCGGGUGUUAAUCAUAAAUGGAUUUAAUCCUCUGAACAAGUUUUACCUCUGCUGCUUUAUUGCCAGUGUAACACAUUAGAAUACUCAAAAUUCAAGUCUGGGAGGAAUGCUUUAGAGAAACAAUAUUUCUCUAGAUUUCAUGUUGUAUGCACAAAACAGGUAUGAAGUUGCAGAGCAGAGAUUAUCUUUUAAUAGAUCCUGUCUCAAAAGACCAGCAGGGAUUGGGUUCUAAACAUCUUCAGUAUCUGAAGCAACAUUUAUUAAAGAUUAAAACAAAGAUUUUCAAGUCAAAGUUAGUGGGCUCCAAAAGCAGUGCUGAUGUCAAACUUACCUGAAUUUUAACAUAGAAAAAUAAUCACAUAAAUGUGGAUAUUCUCAGUUCAGUCAGAGAGAAAAAGAGAGGGUUUUUCUAACCAGGGGAGAGCCUGGGAAGCAGUUGGGAAAGAAUGUAAAUAAUUCUCUAAUCUGUCUUGUUGUUCACAUUGUUUAUAGAUGUUCUGCCACUGUGCAUCAUUCACUGCACACCAAUGGUGUGAGAUGUUUUUACUCUGAGACCAAUGAAAUUAGUCUGCACGAUGUUCUCUAUAUAUAGAGCGGUACAUUUGAAAUAAAUCAGUUCAUUCUCUUUG